AUGCUGCAGCCGGAAGGUCUCCAGGCCUCCGAGGAGGGCACGGCCGCCGGGGCCCGCCGGAGUGACUGCAUCAUCUGCUACUCGGCCUACGACCUCACGGGGCACUUGCCCCGCCGCCUGUACUGCGGCCACACCUUCUGCCAGGCGUGCGUGCGGCGGCUGGACGUGCCAGCCCACGAGCAACGCUGGAUCCCCUGCCCGCAGUGCCGCCAGAGCACGCCCACGCCCCGCGGAGGGGUGGCCAUGCUGGACCUCGACCUGGCCGCCUUCCUGGCCAUCAAGGCCGAGCGAGAGCCGCCGCGCGUGGGGCCCCGGCCCCCCGCGCCCCUCAAAGGGGGCAGCGCCGUCACUCAGCAGCCGGCCGCGCUCUGCCCCGCCUUGGGCCCCCAGCCCCGCUUCCCCUCGCCCGGGUGCUGCUGCUGGGGCUGCGGCCCCCUCUGCUGGGACCCCCCGGGCAGCCCCGAGGCCUGA